UUGUCCUUUACCUUCUAAAUCCCCAACUACUACUUGGUCUAUGUUGAACAUGUAACUUGGAAGCAGAGAGAUCUAGAACUGGAAAUCAAUGAACACUCUUCCCUUUACGUUUAUUGUUCUUAACUUAGUCUUUUUCUUCUUCCAAAUCUCCUUAGCAGUAGACAGCAUUACUCGAUCAGAAACUAUGACUGAUGGCAGGACCUUAGUUUCCAAAGAAGGAAGCUUUGAACUUGGAUUCUUUAGCCCUGGGAGUUCCACGAAUCGUUACUUGGGAAUUUGGUACAAGAACAUCCCUGUCAGAGCUGUUGUUUGGGUUGCAAACCGGCGUAACCCAAUCAAUGACUCAUCUGGGAUUUUGAUAAUAAACGGCAGAGGCAAUAUUCUCCUCGUCAAUCGCAGUAAGACGGUUGUUUGGAGUACAAACUCUUCGAAACAAGCUCAGAAUCCAGUGUUGCAACUCUUAGAUUCAGGAAAUCUUGUCUUACGAGAUGAGAAAGAUGGAAAUUCAGAAAACUAUUUGUGGCAAAGCUUUGAUUAUCCAUCGGAUACAUUGCUACCAGAUAUGAAGGUAGGAUGGGACUCAAAGAGCGGUCUCAACAGGCGUCUAUCGUCGUGGAAGAACUCAGACGAUCCAUCUCCGGGAAGCUUAGUUUGGGGGCUUGAACUGCAUAACUACCCUGAGGCAGCUUUGUGGCGAGGCUCAGCAAUACUAUAUCGCGCCGGCCCGUCGAACGGCAUCGGAGUUAGUGGUUCACCAGAUUUGAAGACAAAUCCCGUUUUUGAUUUCAAGAUUGUCAACAAUGCUGACGAGAGCUACUUCGUAUACACUCUCAAAAAUAAGACUGUUAUCUCAAGACUAACUCUCAACGAAAGCCACGAUGUCCUUCGACGCGAGACAUGGAUAGAAGCAGAGAAGAUGUGGAAAACCUACGCGACAUCGCCCAAAGACUACUGUGACGUCUAUGGCCUUUGUGGUGCCUACGGAAAUUGUAUCAUUAAUGAAUCUCCGGUCUGCCAAUGUUUGAAAGGAUUCAAGCCCAAGUCACAAGAAAAAUGGGAAUUAAUGGACUGGUCUCAAGGAUGUGUUCACAGUGAACCGUUGAGCUGCCAAGAUAAACAUAAACAUGGGUUUGUCAAAUUUGUUGGCUUGAAAGUCCCAGAUACGACCCAUUCAUGGCUGAACGAAAGUAUGAAUCUCAAGGAAUGCAGAGCAAAAUGCUUGAACAACUGUUCAUGUAUGGCUUAUACAAACUCAGAUAUAAGAGGAGGAGGCAGUGGCUGCGCCAUGUGGUUUGGUGAUCUAAUUGAUAUUAGAGAAUUUCCAGUGGCUGGGCAGGUUCUAUACAUUCGAAUGCCCGCUUCAGAGAUAGAGAGGAAAGAGGAUCCUAAGGUCAAGAUAGCAGUGAUAAUUUUAGCCUCCGUUCUAGUAGUUUCUGCCAUGAUCUUCGUUGGCAAUUACAUUCUCAGAAGCAGGACAAAGUUAAAAGAGGAAAUGGAGAGAAGUGGAAUAAUUGGUCAGAAUGAUGAAGGCCGAGAUGAAGACAUGGAGCUCCCAUUUUUUGACCUUUCCACAAUUACUAGAGCCACUGAUGACUUUUCAAUCGACAACAAGCUUGGAGAAGGUGGGUUUGGACCAGUAUAUAAGGGUUUACUAGCAGAUGGACAACAAAUUGCUGUAAAGAGGCUUUCUAUGUGUUCUGGACAAGGAGUGAACGAGUUCAAAAAUGAAGUAUUACUGAUCGCCAAACUUCAGCACCGAAAUCUAGUAAAGCUUCUUGGUUGUUGCAUUCAGGGAGUAGAGAAAAUGUUGGUCUAUGAAUACAUGCCGAACAAGAGCUUGGACUUUUUCAUUUUUGAUCAAACAAGAAGUCGACUACUAGAUUGGCCUCGGCGCUUCCAAAUUAUUGGCGGGAUUGCAAGGGGCCUUCUCUAUCUUCACCAAGAUUCCAGAUUGAGGAUCAUACAUAGAGAUUUGAAGGCAAGUAAUGUUUUACUUGAUAGUGAUAUGAAUCCCAAAAUUUCAGACUUUGGCAUGGCUAGAACUUUUGGAGGAGAUCAGACCGAAGGAAACACAAAUAAAGUGGUUGGAACUUAUGGUUAUAUGGCACCAGAAUAUGCUUUUGAUGGGCAAUUUUCAACAAAAUCUGACGUAUUUAGCUUUGGUAUCUUAUUGCUGGAGAUUGUGAGCGGAAAGAAAAAUAGAGGGCUCUCUAAUCAAGAUCACAAACACAAACUAAACCUCGUCGCAUAUGCCUGGAGACUGUGGAAAGAAGGAAGACCUUUGGAAGUGAUGGAUGCAUGCUUAGGGGACUCGGACUCUCAGCUGUCAGAAGUUUUGCGUUCCAUCCAUAUUAGUCUCUUAUGUGUGCAGCAACGUCCUGAAGAUAGGCCAAGCAUGUCUUCCGUAGUUCUGAUGUUGGGUAGUGAGAGUUCAUUGCCUCAACCCAAAGAACCUGGUUUUUUCAUCGAGAAUGAUUCAUAUGAACCACAUUCUUGUUCAAGUAAGCAAGAAUCAUCUACAACCAAUGAAAUAAGCAUUACACUACUGGAGGCUCGAUGAAGAUUAUUUAUGUGGAUAAGGUUAUAGAUAUUGAUGCAGGAAAAAUGCUUGUUCUUGGUUGAAAUGUGGAAAUGUCAUUGAUAAUGUUCCAUCAAUGUGUUGACACAGUUGCAGUUGCCCUUCUUCUUGUGGAAUACAAAUAUUAUAUAUUCAAGUCAACCGGCAAACGCCAUAGUGUUCAUAUCAUAUGCCCUUCUAAUUAAUGCUCCAUACUGGGAACUUGUGAGUGCUGAGCAAGGAGGACUGAAAAUAGAAGUCAAUAGGCAUCAUUUCUUUUAUGUUUAUGUUUUACUAAUGUGAUGGGGCUGUGGCUUUUAACAUU